AUGGCGCGCCGUCUGGGCCCUGGCGGCGCUGCCGAGGGCCGUGUUGCGCGGCUUCGGCAGCUGGCUCUCCAACAGGGUGCGGAUGCUCUUGAGGGUGAGCUGGCCAUCGGCCUGCAGAUGAUUGACCUCCAAACCAUCCUAUUGCUGGGCCGUGGAGCUCGGCUUGAGGGUCCUGGAGGACACUGGCAAGAUGGUCAGCUUGGUGGGGACAACAGGUGCAAGAUUCUGCUUCUCAUCUUCAUUUGCGGCCAUGACACGAAGCUGGUGCCGCUUGAAGAGUUCGUGCGCCUUGAGGGCCAUCGCUGGGCUUCGUCGUGGACCAGGGGCCGUGGCAGCGUCUAUCGAUUAGAUCGAUUUGGUCAGCGUGGGGAAGCAUUGCUUCUCCCGAGUUUCUGUCGAGUGGAAGAACCGGAGGUCCCCAUGUAUGUGGACACUGAACAUGGGCGAAGAGACACUACCUGGCUCUGCCCCGGAUUGACCAAGCUAGCUGCUAAUGUGGAUCCGCAGAAGCUGUCCUUGUCCGAACUUCUUCAAACCAUACAGGGCACGGCUUCGAUGAUGCUGGUCCUUCCGGCAGCAAAGUUGGAAUUCAAUCAUCCUCCCGGCACUGCAGACUUUGGCCGCCGUGCCUCAAGAAGGUGUCCGUUUUAUAUCAAAGCCUUUGAACUCGGAGCUAGAUUGGAGCUGUCAAUGGUUCCACCGCUGAAAUCACGCACGGGAGAUCCUGACUCAGUGGAUGCGCAGAUCCUGGAUGAGCAACUUGGAGCACAGCUCUUUUCAGUUCUGGGCCACAAGGCGCUUCUCUGUAUUCGACGCUUAGGAGGCCCAGCUCUCGACAGGCGCAUUGCCGGGGCCUCUUUGGAGGACAUUGCAGCGUACCUAACUGGCACAUGGAGAAGCAGCUUAGCAGUCGCCCCGAAAAGCUGGGCGCGACUGAAUGCGGUUACUGAACGCUGCUGCUAUCUGGAGGCUGCUGUAGGUCCAGUCCUAGGGUCCGGGAGUUUCGUAGCAAGGACCGAGCGGAGCCAAUGCGACGUUUGCGGUUCGCCAGCGAUAGGCUCGGAAGUGUCUGAGGAGGGCCCAACGCUUUCUGUUUGCCGUGACUGUGCAGCCUUCGUGCCCGGCUCUCAGGCCUUUGCAGCAAAGCAGGCGCUGGCACAGCAUACAUGUCGUCCAGAGCAUCAACUAGUGGGCUCCUUUGACUCUGGCUUGGAUGACACGUUGGAAUCCAGCGCAGAUCAGUCAGAAAAUCCUGCCUUCUCUGGGAACUACAUGUGGCCAGCGGGGACAGUGUCGCACGAUAUGCUUGUGCUGGCAGUGGGUGGCAUGCUGUCCCUGCGGCCGCCGAGGAAGGGUUGGCCAGUGAACCUCGAAACUGAGCUACACAAACAACUGCAACUUGUCAUUGGCUGUCGUGCCAGAUCUCUUCGAGUACUUGGAACGGCUGCCGAGGCUGAAAGCCCGAACCUUCUGGUAAAUUUUCUGCUCCUGCAUCCAGCACUCUUCUAUGCUGGCCAGGAAGACAUGUCAACAGAAGCCCCAGAAGACGUUCCAGGCGAAGUGGACCCCGGAGUACCACUAACAUGGUACGAGCAUUUGCAGACCGAGCUGCGGAAAAUGGCAGAGGCACAGAAUGAGCGCAAGACUUGGACAAAAGGCGAACAGGACGUUGCGGCUCCACUUCUUCUAGUGAGUGACAAGAAGCGCGUCACCUUGCCUUGCAGCCUCCUACUGCUGAAACAUGAUGUUGGAUUUCCUACCUUUGAGCUACAUGAGCGGCCUCCAAGCAAGGUUGUCCUUGCGAUGCACGAUGAUGUGAAUGCCGUGCUGGACGAUGUCCGAGAUCGGGAAGUCAAUGACCCUCCGGCUCUCAAUGCCAGCCCCGGACGGCGGCGAAAUUCUACAACGGAGCGCAGGGCCACUGUUGCAGAAGUAGCAAAGCGAGAGGUGAACCCAGAGUUCACUGCUUUAAGGCGCAUGACCGAACUGGCAAAGCCACACUUGUCCCGGGAUGCAGCCGUCUCGGAUAUGAGGCUGGAACCGAUACCGUCGUUGAAGCAAGAGGAGCAGAAGGAGUGGCAGGACCUAGCAGCUCCGGAAUCUCCGAGCUCUUUGAGAGCCGAGGAUCACUCCACAGUCAGCGAAAGUGGCCUCGGAAAGACCAAUGACUCCGAGUUUUUUUCGGAGUUGGUGGCUGAGCCACCAGCGUACGAUGCGUACGAAGGCCGUGGUGAUUCACCUGAACGUGCACACGACGAUGCUGCUCAUCAGACCUCCGCUCUGCAGCCUCGAUUUCAAUCAGAUGCAGACACGCUGAUGGCAGGAGGGCCAAUCCAAGUGGAUUCUACAGAGUUUCUGCAGAGUCAGACUGGUGCAGAAGCCUCUUUGGACGGAGCAGAGAGAGCUUGGCAGGAGGGGACGGCUGUAGCAGAUGUGGAGAAGGCAAAUGCUCCUGCGCCGAUGCCACUUGUUGAUGACGAGAGGUUGCCCGGACCUGCGGCUCCCGUAGCUUUCGUACAGCCAGGUGACCUGACAGAGCCAGCCAAAGGCGAGCAAGGGGAAGCUGAAGGUUCCAGUCCGGAGCCUGACGAAGCGUUGGGUGAGGAGGUAAAGAAAGUCAAUCGAACUGAUAGCCUUCGUGACCUCCAGCCUGCAAAGGAGAACUUGAAAGCAGCUGUCGUGUCUGCCAUUUUGGUGUUUGAGCCAUCACUCGAACAGUUGGCAGUCCGCUUGCGGGCGCUGGUGGAGGAGAACCAAGAGGUCAAACAUGUGGAAACCUUGCUGCAACGUUGGGGCCAGGACCAAACAACGUGCACUGUGCAGCCGGGCAAAGCCUGCCUUGCUAUUGUCAGCCGUGAUCUACGUCCAUUGGACGGGCCCAAUCCCAGUGCCCUGGACAUCUCCGUGAAGAACUGCAACUAUCCUCUUACAGCCAUGCUCCUCAGGUAUGUUCCGUUGGAUCUUGAUGCAGCUCUCGUUGAUGUGCUCAAUGGACACAACCCCCUGACUGGCCAGAGUCUUUUGUAUGCAGCAGUGAGGUACUCCAACCGUUACACGGCUAGUGUAGUGGACGAGCUCUUGAACCGCCGAGUUGACAUCAACGGUCCUGGCAGGGCACCCCCCGAAGUCGAGAUGAUGAUUGUCAGCUGCGUGCGUCGAGCAGAGCUGCCUCUCCUCGUACAAGUGCUUGGACACCGAGCUGAUGUCAAUGCCAAGUCUGCAGACGGCAAAACUCUUCUGCAGAUCGCCGUUGAGCGAGGCAACGAGGAGAUCCUGGCCGCCCUGCUCAGAAGUCCAGGCUGCGAGGUCAAUGCAACGAAUGCUUGUGGGCGCACUGCCCUGGUCUCUGCUCUGCGCACAGGGCGUCCGCCAUUCCCGUUGGUCCAGCAGCUGCUGAAUGCACGAUGUGACGCCUCAAAGCCGGAUGUGGCUGGAGUGCAACCCUUGUUCCACACAGCCAGCAUUCCGGAGGCAGGUAUCCACGCUACGCUGCUUGCAAGUCGUGCAAAUGCUGAUGCUGUCGCGAGCCCAAGUACUGACGAUAGGACUCGACUCCUGCAUGUGGCGGCACAUGCCAAAAAUGAGACGCUGCUGACUUGCCUUCUUGAAGCGUCGGCGGAACCAAAUGCACGCGAAAGCUUUGGAAGGACAGUUUUGCAUUUGGCCGUUUCUCAGAAGCUGUCCAACGCUACAAUUUCUGCAAUACUGGAUGCGCAUGCGGAUCCAAACCUUACCGCAGGGCAAGGUGCUGGUGGCGAGAGUCCGUUACGUCUGGCGAUCUUGGCCCAGUCUCCGGCCGUGGACCUCUUGCUUAAGGCCAGAGCUGAUCCAAACGGACGCAAUCUGGCCGGCUGCACUGCUCUCCAGGCUGCCUUUUGUGCAAACAGCGGUAGUCCAGACAGAUCAGACAGUCUGAAGAUGUGUGAGCUUUUGAUGUCUUGGCGCGCUGAUCCCCUAUCUCAGCGGCGCACCCUCCUGACAUCACGGGAGUCUUCCUACAUGAGCUCCCUAAGUCGUACCGUGCCGACAAUACCUCCACUUGCGAGCAUGACAGUAAGCCUACCGAUUAGUGCCCAGGUCACAUCGGUCAUGCAGCAUCCAAAGUACUUGCCCGAAACCUGGACGCAAGCUAGGUUCCGUCGCCGACGCGUGAAGCCAGGUGCAGCUGAGCAGAUCGAAGAUUUUGAUCCGCUUUUCCCAUUGACACUUCCACCGCUAGACAGGAGGUUCAACCGCACAUUGGAUCCGCGGCAAAAACUGCCAUGGCGGACAACUUGA